UUAUUAUAUAUAUUUGAAGUUUGAAAAGAAAGAGAAUUAUAUUUGCUCUGUUGUGGGCUCUCAUAAAAUAUAAUGGAGGAGCGCCGUUCCCAGAAGAAUAAGGCAAAGCUCUCUACAACUGCAAGUACUAACUCUGAAGAAGUGAGUAGUAAUGAGUGGGAAUUUAUAGAAAUGAGCGAGCAAGAGGAGGAUCUUAUUCGCAGGAUGUAUGGCCUUGUUGGCGAUAGGUGGGAUUUGAUAGCCGGGCGCAUUCCAGGUCGUAAAGCAGAAGAAAUUGAGAGAUUCUGGAUUAUGAGACAUGGCGAUGCUUUUUCUCUUAGAAGAACAAAUAAUCAACAACAACAACAACGUAAACCCAAUAACUCGUGAUUUUCUCCCCGUAUAUAAAUUUUGUAUUUGUUACGUUCGUUUAUUGUAUUCCUUCUCGUGCGUUAUUAGUUGAACACUUGCAUCAAUUCGUCAUAUAUAUACAUAUGUGCCACGCAGAAACUAUGGAAUGAGUUAGUUAA